AUGGCCGCGUUAUUUCAGCCAUCCAGGAAGCCGCUAUUCGAUCGAGUCUUUAUGACGGAGCCUGGGGCGAUUCAAGGCUUGGUCAAAGAUACGAUCGACCGUCUGCGCAAUGUCGAUCGUCUAAUUCAUGUAGGUGUUGGUGUCUGUAAUAUUGGUGGUUGUGAUGGUUUAUUGAUGGUUUUCUCUAAAAUACAUACGGUUUUUCUACAGAAAAAGAGUUUUCCACAUAAUUAUUCAUGGAUAACAUGAAGUUUUUGGUCUGUUCAAGCUUUCUUUUUGUCAUACUGUCUAUAAAAUUGUUACAAUAAGAUUCACAAGUCUUUUUUCUAGCUAUACUAACAGGUAUGACUUUAAAUUAAUCUUUUAAUUUUAGGAAAAACCUCGAAACAAGAAGGAAAAUCAGUCCCAGAAGGAGAACCGACCUUUGAAGCGAAAAACCAGCCCAAAAGUAUCCGCCAAAGACGAAUGCUCUGUAACCCAAGCAACAGAAACCUCUCAAAAACAUAAUUUGGACAAACUUGGAUCUAUUGAAGCUCAGAAGUCUACCAAACCAUUACAAACUACAUCAACAUCAGCUGAACUUAAAAAGAUGGUGUAUUCGGUCAGUAAUGUGUACAUAACCCCUUUUGUUGAUGAGAAAACUGAUCUCAAGACGUUGAUGGAAGUAGUCGAUGCGGAAUUAAGUGAGCCGUAUUCGAUAUACACCUACAGAUACUUUAUUCACAAUUGGCCCGAUCUAUGCUUCUUGGUAAGUAUAAUAUUAUUACUUUUUUUCUAAAUUUAGGAAAGUUGUUGACGUCAAAACGACCUUGGAAGUCAGCUGAAUCGUAUAUCUUUCUAUACGUGACUUCUCAAGGUGACAUAGUCGCAAUAUUACUACAAUAUCAUUAAAAUUUUGUUUUCCGCACCUUGAUGUAAAUGAUAAUAUCGUUUUAGGCCAAAGUGAAAGGAACGGACGAGAUUAUUGGUGGUGUUGUGUGUAAAGAUGAAGUGAUAAACGUUCCGACACAUUUAUAUCGCCGUGGUUAUAUUGCUAUGCUGGCUGUUAAUGAGCCAUGGAGAAAUUUGGGUCUAGGAUCUCAGCUGGUCAUUACUGCUAUUGAUGCCUUGGCCAGACGUGAUUGUAAUGAGGUAAGGGAUGCGGAAUGGUUUGAAAUUGAGGGUUAAUAUCUUAUGUUUGUAAAUGAUAACAAAAAUUGGGUUGAAAUGGCAUUUUUCCUCACUAAAUGAUUAAAAUUAUAUUAUUCAUGAGGAUUUUUCGCUAUUUUUCAUGUUUUUAUUGAUUUUUACGGCUUUUUAUCUCUAAUAUUGUUAUUCUUAAUAUAUUAUAUUAACAAAUAUACUCAUUAACAUCUUUGCAGGUAAUUUUGGAGACAGAAAGCACGAACGGUGGAUCGCUAGGCUUGUACGAACGUUUGGGCUUCUGUAGAGAUGAUCGUAUGCACAGGUACUAUUUGAAUGGUAACGACGCUUUUCGGCUUCGUUAUUUCAUUGGAAAAUAUCAUGAAGUACCUGAAGAUGUGUUACCUGAGCUUGAGAUGGACGACUGCCACCUACCCGACUGCAAUGAUGGAGAUUGUAAUGAUUGUCAUUAA